GACAAAGGGGGAAAAGUCACGCAGUCGCUCCUGCGCGCAACAGAUAUUCCUCACAAAGUAUGCGAUUUACACUAGCUCGCGAAACUUUUUGUUUUCGAUUAGCAAAUAACAUGUCGCCAAAAGCGUAGUUUGCGGACUCCCGUUGUGUUCAGUGAAAGUUAGGCGGAACUUUCUGGGACAAUGCAGGCGAGUGGAAUUUUGUGUCUGUUUUUGGCACUGAUGUUGCCGUGCUGUUUCGUGGCUUCUGGACAGUAUCACAGAGAUAGUGGGAUAGCCGUUCCCGACCACGGUUUCUGUCAGCCCAUAACCAUCCCCCUGUGCACGGACAUCGCUUACAACCAAACCAUAAUGCCAAAUCUGGUCGGACACUACAACCAAGAGGAUGCUGGGCUGGAGGUCCACCAGUUUUACCCGCUGGUCAAGGUACAGUGCUCUCCUGAACUCAAGUUCUUCCUGUGCUCCAUGUAUGCGCCAGUGUGCACGGUUUUGGAGAAAGCCAUCCCGCCAUGCCGCUCCAUUUGCGAGAGGGCAAAGCACGGCUGCGAGGCCCUCAUGAACAAGUUUGGCUUCCAGUGGCCAGAGCGGCUGAGAUGUGAACAUUUCCCAGUGCUGGGAGACGGACACAUCUGUGUGGGCCAGAACGACUCUGCGGCUACAGUGUCGCCCGUUCACAUGCCCGUUCCAGGAACGCCCAGCAUUCAGCUGUACUCCUCGCCGGACAAGCCCUUCCGCUGCCCGUCAGUGCUCAAAGUGCCUUCCUACCUCAGUUAUAAGUUCCUGGGCGAGCUGGAUUGCGGUGCUCCAUGUGAGUCCUCCAGAACACAUGGGGCUUAUAUGUUCUUCACGGACCAGGAGAUUGAAUUUGCCCGGAUUUGGAUCCUCAUCUGGUCCUCUCUCUGCUGUGCAUCCACGUUAUUCACAGUUACCACGUAUUUAGUGGACAUGCAGCGUUUUAAAUACCCAGAACGUCCUAUUAUUUUCAUGUCCGGCUGCUAUACCAUGGUUUCCAUUGCGUAUAUCGCUGGUUACUUUCUUGGGGACAAAGUCGUGUGCAACGAGAGCUUUUUUCCCGACAGCUAUAAAACCAUCGUUCAAGGUACGAAGAAAGAAGGGUGUACGAUUUUAUUCAUGAUGCUGUAUUUCUUCAGUAUGGCGUCUUCAAUUUGGUGGGUCAUCCUGUCUCUCACUUGGUUCUUGGCGGCUGGUAUGAAAUGGGGCCAUGAGGCUAUUGAAGCCAAUUCACAGUACUUUCACCUGGCCGCCUGGGCCGUUCCGGCUGUAAAGACUAUUAGCAUCCUGGCCAUGGGGCAAAUCGAUGGAGACAUGUUAAGUGGCGUCUGUUUUGUGGGCCUGAACAAUCUGGAUCCCUUGAGGGGCUUCGUGUUGGCCCCUCUCUUCAUCUACCUCUUCAUUGGCACCUCGUUCCUGCUCGCCGGCUUCGUGUCCCUGUUUCGCAUCCGCACCAUCAUGAAGCACGACGGCACCAAGACCGAGAAGCUGGAGCGAUUGAUGGUCCGCAUAGGUGUGUUUUCGGUUCUCUACACCGUCCCGGCCACCAUCGUCAUCGCUUGCUUUUUUUACGAGCAGGCCUUCAGGCAGCACUGGGAGAAGAGCUGGAUCAGUACGAACUGUAAGAGCCUGGCCAUCCCGUGCCCCAUGCAACCCGCUCCUCACAUGACCCCCGACUUCACUGUCUUCAUGAUCAAGUACCUCAUGACUCUCAUUGUAGGGAUCACUUCGGGAUUCUGGAUCUGGUCGGGGAAGACGCUGCACUCUUGGAGGAAGUUCUACACACGAUUGACCAGUGGCGGACAAGGGGAGACCACCGUUUGAAACGGGAAAUCGGGGUCCACAUUUUCAGCCAACAAUGAUUUUAGAACUACAAAAACAUAAUAAAGUGCCUUUUAUUGUCAGUAUUUUGAAAGCAGUUACACUUAUUUUUAGACUGUCAGAGACUUUCAAGUGGUAAGAGAAAUGGGACGUAGACCACUUGACUUCCCCAAACAAACAUGGCCAAUUUGAUACCAAGUGCAGAAAUGUUUUCCUCCCCCAUUCUGUUGCCCCCCUGUUUUUUCUCAUAAGCUGCUGGCCAUAAAAACUCAACAUGGAAAGUGAGAUACCAGCUGGGAAUUCAACAAACGACAGAGCAAUGAGAGCCAUGGCGGGAGGAGAGCUCAAAAGCUUGCUAUGUAAUAUACGGCAGGCAGUUGUGUUAAAUGUAAUUAAAACAUUGUACAUAACAUUUGUAAAAAUCUGUAUUUCAACAUUAUUAUAUAUUUGUAUUUAAGCAAGUCUACGUUUUUUUGUUUCAAAAUUUGGUACUGUGUAGUAUCUAGAAUUUGUAGCCACUAGUCUCUCUUUCAUAUCUUCUAUACUCAUGUUUGCUCUGUUUCAAAUUAAAGUUGUUGUAAAUAAUACUCCUAUUCUUUUUCAACUUUAUUCCGUUCAGAAGUGAAAGGAGAACAGUUUUCAUAUUUGUUGUGGAUUUAAAGGAGUAGUUCACCUAAAAAUAAAUAUUCUGUCAUUUGCUCACCCUCAUGUUGUUUCAAAGC